AUGGAAAAAGAAUUUGGCUGCAAAAUACAUUACCCCAAGAAGAAAGAAAAAGUUCAUGGAAAAAUGACUGAAAUUAAAAUUACCUCUCCACAAUCAGCCGAAAAUGUUCUGAAAUGUCGAAAUGCGUUAGAAGUAGCUGUUGAAAAGGCUCGCAAACAGGCAAUGCCCACACAUUUUGUUUCUGUCCCCGUUGGAUUGACUAGUGUUAAAAUAAGGGAGCAAUACCAAAAUUUUGUUCACAGCAUUCGUGCAGAUGAGGAUUUGCCGGAAGAUUGUAGAAAUCCAGACCUUUUUAUAACUCCAAGCAAGCUUCAUUUGACUCUCUGUGUUCUUAGAUUAUUUACAGAGGAAGAUGUCAACUCUGCCAAACAGUUUUUGGAUGAAUUGUUUCAAUCAGAAGCCGUCAAACUCCAAAAAUUGGCCAAUAUUGUUGAAGAAUCUCUCUCAGCUUCCUUUUUAACCGAAAAACGAAAAUCCAAAGAAGUUGUGUUGCACAUGACGAUGAUGAAUACAAAAUAUUUACGAGAGAAAAAGAGGUCCUUUUUGAAUGUAUCCAAACUUUUGGAAAAAUUUGGCAAAUUAAAUUUUGACCCUGUCAAUGUUACAGAGCUUCAUCUUUGCGAAAUGAGCAGCUUAACUGAUGCUGAAUUGGCCCUUGAGACGUAUAAAUGUAUACAUCAAUUACAAUUUCCAACCAAAUAA